CCAGAGGGGGACAGGGAACAGGAAAGGGAGCGAUGCAGCCGGCCGGUGUCGCUGUGCCGCUGCCGGGCCGGGCCGGGCGAUGGCGGCGGAGCGGGAGCGGCCGGGCCCCGUUCCCGGGCCCUGCUCAGGGCCCGCGGGGGAUGAGCGGGCCGCGGCCGGACGGUGCCGGUGCUCCGCUCUGCCCGCUCCGGGGCACGGCGCCCUGGAGAAGGCCCGGCGCCGCCUGAGGGAGUUCGAUGUCGGGGACAGGUUCUGCCGCUUGCCGCUGCCCCGAGCCGCCGUGCUGCUGCCGCUCACGGUGCGAGCGGGGCGGCUGCACCUGCUGCUCACCGUCCGCUCCCUGCAGCUGAGAAGAUCACCAGGGGAAGUGUGUUUUCCAGGAGGUAAAAGGGAAGCCACUGAUAAAGAUGACAUUGACACUGCUCUCCGAGAAGCUAAAGAAGAAGUGGGUCUUCAGCCAGAGAAGGUGGAAGUCAUCUGUAGGCUGAUGCCUGGAAUUGAUAAAGUAAGUCAGCAUGUCAGCACAGAAUAAGUUUGGGUGGUUUUCACUUGUGAGGCUGGCAGUGACCUUUUCCAACCUGGAGCUGCCAGGAGGCGCCGCUUCUUCACGUGCACAGCCCGUGUGUCCAGCAGAGCCCAGGGAAAGGGUUCUUGCUCAGAGUUUGGUAUUUGUGAGACCAGCUCUGGGGCACCAGUCAGUGCCUCUGGAGUACCACACUGACAGCGCUGCCCUGGCGAGAGCUCAGCAGAGAGCCACGAGUGCAGUCGUGGGGCUACAGCGAGUGGGUGAUGAGCAGACAGGCUGAGAGAGGUGGGCUUGCUCAGCUUGAAGGCUGCCAGGGGAUUUGGCUGCUUUCUUCUCCUGGCGAGUCAGAGCAUGAUACCAGAACUCUUCUUGAGGCAGUGAACACAGCAGCAGCAUGGACGUUUUGAUGAGAUACAAGAAAAAUUCCUCUUCACCAUGAGGUCAGCCCAAAAGUGGAGCAGAUGUUCCUGGCAGGCUGUAUAAUCUCCAUCCCUGGAGCUGUGCAGAGCUCACUCACCCAGGCUGCUGUAGCCUCACAGGUGUCUCCUGCGGUGUCUGCUGGCUCCAGGGCUGUGCACACAGAGAGGGAGCACCAGAGGGGAUGUGCACCAGGAUGGUGUGCAUCAUCUUCCUCCAGCAGGGAGACUCCCAGAGGUGUCUUUGGAGUGUAGGUCACCAUUUGUAAAUUAACAGCUUCUCAGUUUCAAUAGCAGUGUCAGUAUUACAUAGGAUCAGUUUUCCCACAGAACAGAGGAAUUGCUGUUUCUGAAGGCUAUUUUUGUUCACCAGGUAAAACUCUAUUACUAUGCCUCCUGUUCUUUUAUCUGUCAGCAGUACCCUCUCCCCAUUAAAAAAUAAAUACCUACUUUUGAAAUUGUAUUGAAAACAGCUUUAUUUAACAACUUAAAUUAUAAUUUCUCUACAGAUGACCUUAGAACCACACAGUUCAGAGGCAGUGUGUA